AUGUCCACCAUGACGACUCUUGAGAGGAGUCACUCCUGCACUUCCAACACCUCGCUCUCCAUGUCCAGCCCGCGUGUCUCUGGCCGGAGAGAGGCCACUCCUCCGGGCUCCGAACUCUCGCUGACCCAGCUGCACGAUCGAAUGAACCAGCUCGACUCACGGGUCUUGGAACUACGCACCACCAUGCUGACCAAGGAGGGCUAUGUCGACCGUCGGAACCGGGAAGAUGAACACAUUCGACGAGAGUUUCAGACUCAUCAGGCUAUCUCUCAACGGAUCGACCUGAAUGUGGUGGCUCUUCGGUCCGAUGUCGAUCAAAUCAAGACCAGUAUCUUCCAGCUCAAGUCCAGUAUCGGUCAGUCGGGGACAGAGACCGUCUACCUUCGAGGGGACGUGGAUCGGAUGCAAAAGACCAUCAAUCAAAUCCAGGUGGACAUCGAAUCAAUCAAGAGUGAAGCUUGUGCGACCCGAAUCGAUAUCAGCAAGCUGCAAACAGCCUCGAAUCAACUUCGCACGGAUUUGAUGACAUUGGACCACAAGCUUUCACAUCAAUAUCACGCCCUUAAUUCACGGAUGGACUCGAUUGAAUCCCAAAUGAAAUAUGCUGAUCGUGUUCGAUUCAACUCACUGGCUCACACUGUUCACGCACCGAUUAGUCCCGUCCCGGUGAUUUCGGAUGACGGGACGCUGGAAUGGCCCGAGUACUUCCCACGCACGGUCUGGAGAUUCUGGUGCCUCAAAAAACGAAGCCGAGUCCAUCGCUUGAUUGAAUUGGCCGAGUUUUAUCAACUGGGUGACUACCAGGACUGGGCUCGUAUGCAUCCCUCGGACAUGUAUGCCGACGACAGUGAUUCUAGCAGCUCAAGUGAAGGCUCUUGCAGCAUCACCCGUGCGGAAGCUGUCCGUCGCUACCCCGAGGCUGCACACCAGGCCUUGGCAGCCACUCUGGGUUUGAUAUACUACAAGAUCCGGAACGAAGUCGGAGAGGGUCCUCACGGUCCCAUCACUGCUCGUCCCCCCAAGCGCCAACAAGAGGAUGUGGUCUCGACAAGCACCAGCAAUAAGUCCAAACCUGUGAAGAUUCCUCGCCGUCCCAGUGUUUCUGACUCCUUUCUACACCGCCUGGUCACCGGCGGUCCCUCUGUGGUGGAGUCCAAGUCGUCUACAUCUGAAGAGUUUGACAAAUUGGGGUGGAAUCCCUUUGCAGACGUUUCAGAUGAUGCGAUGAGUAAACUCCGAGCCAUUGACCCCCAAGAUAUUGGCACCGUUUUGCGGGCCCUUGAAAAAGGUCGAUUGAAGCUGAAGCCCAGUCGAUCAGAGAAACUCAACAUGUCCCCUACUGAGUCAAAAGCAAACCAUUCGUUUGCUGGAAAAGCCACUGAGCCUGCCCAAGAAGACGUGGUGCCCACUGUCCCCAACACUGUGCCCACGCAACCCAUUCCUACUGCGGAAUUUGCGAAACACAUCCCUCUUGCAGAUCUGCCCGACACCGCAUCUGGUGCAGGUAGUCCGUCGGCUUGA